CCCUGGGCGGUUGGGGGCGGUGUUGAGAACGCCGCACACGGUGUUUGUUGAAGGUGCCGGGCUUGGCUCUUGAAGUGGCUCUCGGUCUUCUGAACCGGAGGCUGCCUCGGCGGCGGCGGCGGCAAGGGGGAGGAGAUGCCCCGUUACUAUGAGGACAAGCCGGAGGAUAACGGCGCAUGCGCCGGGGUGAAGGAGGAUCUGGGGGCGUGCCUACUGCAGUCGGACUGUGUGCUCAAGGAAGGAAAAACUCUUCGACAAUGUUUGAAGGAAGGCAACUGUAAAGCUUUGAAAUACUCAUUUUUUGAAUGCAAAAGGUCAAUGUUGGAUGCCAGAUCAAGAUUCAGAGGAAGAAAAGGAUAUUAAUAUUUUUCCCAUAGAAUCAAGAUUAAAACAACAUGAGUUCAUCUGUGUGGUGAAUAAGGCCAUGUGUCUAUGUGUCUGCUUCAUACAUUGAAAUGAAUAAUUUUGCGAUUGUUCUUUAAGGGAAAAAAGAGAUCAAUCCUGCCUUUUGAACACUGACAGAAAAUGAUCUGUGUUAAAUUGUUUACAUACAAAAGGAUUAAUUAAAUAUUUAUAAGUUAUGCAUAUUAAUAAAUUUUCUGAGUUAUUCUAAA